AAUUGGAUUGUUUAAAGUUGUAAUUUUAUAGAAACCACACCCUAUAAAAAAAAAUGGGUGGGUAGGGACCUUUUUGGUUUAUUAAAUUUGUAAAGGGUUAAAUAGAAAUAUUGUAGUUAGCCUCCUUUUAAAAUUGUUUCAUGCGGGCUGGACUGCACGACUACGUAUGCCCGAAUGUGCUGGCUUGGCCGCAUAGAAGCCGGGUCUUGUUCAAUACAUUUAAAAGAGAGCAGAAAGGUUCCCUCUCUCUCUCCAUCUCCGGCCUCCACUGAAGGGUUCCCGGCAAGUUUUCCGGCAAGAUUCUGGUGACGUUUCAGGCAAGACUUUGGCCAAGAGCUCAUAUCGGGUCCGAUCAGUGGCCUAGUCUGUUGAAACAGUCCAGGCUCUAAAAGGCUCAUGAAACAAGACACAAAAAUGAUGGGAACAGGAGGGGAGCAACCACAAACGCAAUGGAUGUUGGAUUUGAUGAAUGGGAAGGUGACUAUAAACAGAGAGGAGGAGGCCGAGAAAUGGAAACAACGUUGCAUAUACAAAGUUCCAGGCUUCCUCAAAGAGCUCCACAAAGAAGCAUUCAUUCCCAGGGUUGUAUCAUUGGGGCCCUUCCACCAUGGCUCCCCGCACCUCCAACCCAUGGAGCAACACAAGCGUCGCGCGCUCCUCCACUUCCUCGAUCGCUCGAACCACCCUCUCCAAGUCUAUCUGACUGCACUUCAAGCCAAGGAGCAGGUGAUCCGGGACUGCUACGAGUGGCCCAACGACCUGGCCCCUCUCAACAGCACCAAAUUCCUUCACAUGAUGCUGCUCGAUGGCUGUUUCCUGCUUGAACUCCACCGUGUCAGCCAAACAGAUGAUGAGACAGGCUAUGCAGCUGAGGAUCCGGUGUUCGGCUCAAAAUCGGCAUUGUUCUUUGCACACCAUGUCACCGAUCAGGACCUUAUGAUGCUGGAGAAUCAGAUUCCUGUAAUAGUCUUGAACACUCUGUUAGACCCACUUGGAACAGGGAUCUGCACCCGGGUGAAUGAGCUGGUGCUUGAGCUUUUAGGGGAGGAGCUCGAAGGGGAGGUUUUCAAGGGCAAGAUGGGGUUGCAUACGCUGCAAAUUUACAUGAUGAGCAGUCUGUGUGGUAAGGUGCCUGAGGUUGAGGAGGUAAGCGACCCAGAGCCAUAUUUCAAGAAGUUGCCCUCAGCUACAGAGUUGCAUGAAGCUGGGGUGAAGUUCGAAACUAGCGGCAUGAGUGGGCUCAUGGAUAUCACCUUCGAGCAUGGAAUACUACGGCUACCAUGGAUAGCCAUUCAUGGAUCUACAUUCAUGUUACAGGAAGGCUUUCUUUUAAAUAUGAUGGCAUUUGAACAGUUGCACGUCAGGCAUUCGAACUGGGUCAGCUCAUAUGUUAGCUUGUUGGAUGAUCUCGUAGACACAACUAUGGACAUUGCACUGCUAGUUUCUUCAGGCAUCCUUGAGAAUAGAAUGGGAGGUGAUGCAGAUGUGGCUGAGGUCUUCAACAGAAUCACAAAAGGGAUGGUCUUUUCUGAAAAUCCCCACUUGACGGGGGUGCGGACCAGGAUCAUCCGCUAUUGCAAGAAGCGUCGUAACAGGUGGAGGGCUUACUUCGUCCACACUUACCUUAGUGACCCAUGGACGCUCAUAUCGUUGUUGGCAGCAGUAUUGCUACUGCUACUAACGCUGCUUCAGACACAGUAUACGGUUCUCAGCUAUUACAAGUAAUUCGACCCUUGGGUACCAUGACUGUAUUUUGAUCUCAUCAUCAGGGCCUGUUGGAGCGUACUGUUCAUUUAUUCUCUUAACUAAAAUCCGUUGGGAGGGGUGUUUUUAGGAACUCCAAUUUAUGAAUGUCACCUCUUCAAAUCGUAAGAUAACUUAAAUG